AUGGUGUUGUUGUUGAUACGCCGUACGCCGCCUACCCCCCCAGCACAGUGGCUGGUUGGGGAUCGGAAGCUCUUCGCGAGCAUCACCCCAGGCCCUUCAUCGGUAACGGAGCGUCUGGAGAUGGUGAGCGAGAUGGUUUUUAAGUUAGUCGCCAUGUCCGUUUUCGCGUUCUGCGCAGUGGUGUUGGAGAAGGUGUUGGGGGUGUGGCCUAUUCUACCUUACUUCAGCAUUUCACUUGGCUCCAUCAUCGGUUUUGUGAUGAACAGCUUUCUCUAUAGUUUUUACGUCUUUGAUUACCGCUACGCGCUGCAGCUAUCCCCCACUUUGAACUCGCGUCUAACUUUGAUCGAGCAGCUUGAGCACUUUGGAGAAUGCUGGACAUACAAUAUUGGCUAUGGUAGCAGCAUGACGUCGCUUUCGUAUGCGCUGACCAGGGUCUUAGGCCCUGUCGGAUCGAUUUGUAUAGUUUCCAUCAUCUAUGCGUGGCAGGUCGCCUGCUCCGGUUACGCAAGGCUGAUCCCAAGCCCGUGCGCGCUGCAUAUAUUCUUGCCAUGGUUUGAGAUGUUAGACUUUAUAAAGCAAAAUCCGGGGCUCCUCUGGCGCUUUGCCGCAAUCGCAUGCUUGUCAGUUUUGCCGAUGUGGUAUAUAUUUAUUUUAGAUUAA